AUGGACGUCAUACCGAUUGCGCUGACCGACCAGCAGAAGCCGUUGGACAACAUUAGGAUCCGGACUCAUUUCGUCGUCAAAGGUCGCUUAGAUGCCGCCGCUCUGAAAGCAGGCCUCGACAAGUUGAUCCGGGAACAUUGGCGCAAACUCGGAGGGCGCCUUGUAUGGAACUCGACAAGGGGUGUCUUCGAAUACCAUGUGCCACAAACUUUUACCGAUGGCUACGAAUUAUUCACAUGGACCGAGUCGGACAAGAGUAGCGAAUCGAUUGAAACGGCUGUCCCAUCACUCAAGGCUCCGUCAACAACUCCCAAGGAAGCGGAAACGGUAACGGAAACCGACGGCAGCGCAAGCGGAGGCAAUGUAGGCGGCAUGGUGUUUUUGCCGCCCGUAAUGGUGUACGACGCGGCUUUCCGGCCAGCUAACUGGCCGUUUCAUGUUGCGGACGACCCGACCGACUCGCCUAUCCUCUAUAUCCACAUGACGCUCUACGAUGACGCCAGCGUGCUUGCCAUGAGCGUGCCGCACAUGGUCACUGACCAGAUGGGACUCACGACCCUCGUCAAUGCGUGGAUGGGCGUCUUGGCUGGGCAGACCCCGCCGCCUCUGAUUGACGACCCCUUACCGUACAAAAGGCAGUUUGCCGACCUCACGCCGGACGAAGCGAGGCGGGUGGGGAAAAUGCAUGUCAGGCGCUGGGGCGAGAUGUUCUUUAUGAUUCUGGGCUUCCUUUUCGAGCUUGUGUUUUACAAGGAGGAGGUAGAUCACAUUCUCUUCAUGCCGCAUUCGUUGGUUAAAUCGGUGCGCCAACGGUUUACCGCAGAGCUGGAGACGUACGGUAGCGAUCCGGGCAUCUCAGACAAUGAUGUUAUCACGGCCAUUCUUACAAAGUUCGCUCGCUUGCACAAACCAUACGCGAAGAUGAUGACUUUGAAUCAGACUAUGAACUUGCGCGGCCGUCUUCCUAGCCUCACCGGCUCCGUGCUCGACGGGUUUAUUCACAACGGCUUCACCUUUGCGUCGUCCCGUUUCAAGUACAAGCCCGACAUGCCCACGAGCGAGAUCGCCUACAUGAACCGCCAGUCCGUGCGAAGCAUCUUCAUGGCCGGUGAGGCCGACAUUAACCUGGCUAUAGCGCGCGAGAUGGUGCGGCGUAAGCAGGGUAUAUUCAUCUGCGAGGCGCUUGAGCAGGCCUACACCGUCAUCAGCUGGUCUGCCGCGUGGAAGGGGCUGGACCUAACCAACGCCGUCGAGCUCAAGGAAAAAGAAAAGCACACGCAGCAGGGUACGAAACCCGAGGUAUUUGUCCUGGGCCGAGGCGGUGAACGGAGCACACCGCGCCGAUUCAACGCGACGGUCAUGUUCCGAAACGACGAGGGAUACUGGAUCGACAUAGGCUGUUCUAAGAAGAACAUGGUAGCCAUCCAGGCGUACAUGGCCGUGGACCCUAUGUUAAUGGAAAUUUAA